AAAAGCCUUGGAAGACCAAAUCAGGUGGACUAAACUGGACACAGCAAAGCACCACUUGGAGCCAGCCAGUAGGAACCAUUAGGCUGCUGUGUCCACAGUGCUCCACGGAAAUUAAAAUCCAGCAAAGAUGGUGUGAGAAGGAAUGAAAAAAGGCAAAUAGCUCUCAGACCACUGAUGGGGGGGGGAGAAGAAGAGGAAGAAGAAGAAGAAGAAGAGGAAGAAGAAGAGGAAGAAGAAGAAGAAGAGGAAGAAGAGGAAGAGGAGGAAGAAGAAGAAGAGGAAGAGGAGGAAGAAGAAGAAGAAGAGGAAGAAGACGCGAGGACAAGCAGUGGUCAGCCAACAGCCAAAUUUCGCAUGCUCCCUGGAAGGAAAAGCGCUGGAAAGAGUCAUUGCUGGCAUGGACCGUACUCAUCAGGAGGAGCACAGAAGCCUGCUCUGCCAUCGCGCCCGUGUACCCACAGCACUGCUGUUCUUGGGCAAGAGCAUGGGGUGGGUGCUGUUGUGACCACCUCCUGGACCAGCAUCCCCAGGGAGAGGAGGCUCUAUGUGGAAAAGCCAAGGCAUGUUAAAGGCGUUGUUUCAGUACCAGUAUUGGACUUUUUUUUUAAAGUCAAAUUUUUACCCGCAGCUACCUCUCAUUAUUCCUGUUAAUAUUGGAUGGUAGCAAAGCUGGAAUAACUCUCAGAGUCUUUUAGUUUUGUGUUGUUAGCCUUUUGACCCUAUCAGCUAGCAAAAUGCUGGUCGUAUAGUAAUUACACAGAUGAUGGUUUCAGUCUAUCAAAGGUAAAUUUUUGGUAAUGCCCUUUUCAUGGUGUGUAUAUGUGGCUGACUAGCACAUUUUUAAAAUUUUAAAUGCAUAGGAAUGCCCCCUAUCUCUUUCUUAUGACUUCCUCUCCUCCAGGCCUCUAAAGAGAAGCAGUUACUCUUUAUUUUCGCUAUCUCAUUGUCAGGCAGCUAGGUCAAAGAGGUAUGAUCUACAUGUUGUUCUGACAAUGUUUUCAGGCUGCCAAUUUGUAUGCCGCAUGCAAUCCUAACUUUGUUUAAUAAACAACAUGUAUUUCAGAGUGGAGAGCAUCUUAGCUGUGCUCAAUGUAUUGCGUAUUCACAGUUCAGCUGCCUAUAACCCUGUGUUUAUAUGUUAUAUGCUUUGUCUAAUGCAGAUAAAGCUUGUUGUCAGGGCUACAAUUUUCUGUCUAUGUAUCUGUCUGUUUUGAUGCUUGCAGGGCACCAAUUUCAAUUAUAUCUAGAUGUCGAGCACAUUAAGAUAAGUGAAAAAAAAUCAGUCAGUACAAACACUUAAGGGACUGUACUCUUGCCAUUGGGUUGAUAUUAAUGCAUGUGAUAUAUAUGUAUGUGUAUACAUAAAUAUAUAGUGUGUCUGUGUAUGUACAUAUAUAAAAUACGAAAUUAAUUUAAGCUUAUCUGAUAGAACAAAUCACAUUAAUUUAAGUAGGUGUUGAAUGGACUUCCUUAAGCCACUCAGGAAAUGUAUUUACAACCUGACCUGAAGCAGCCCCACUAUAGCUUUUCUGGGCCUCUUUUGUGGAGACCCUGCCAAGUAUUCAUUCCCCAGGCACAUGACAAUUUUCUAUAUAAAGAAUGGCUUUAAAAAUAACACUUGUGUACCUCUUAGAUUCAGCUGUUCUUUUUUGCAGUGGAAAACUCAACGCUGUGAUGACAUAUAUUCCCACUGAGGAAAAUAUUUAUUCUCCGUGCUUUACAAAAUGUAGUGCAUACAGUCUGGAUGAUGAUUUGGGACCACAUCUAUCUGAAAUGUCUGAAACAUGAAAUGAAACACUUGUGUUGGUUGGUCAGACCCUAUCUAUAACAGAGCAAAGUACAGAAGGCGCAUGCAUGGGAAUAUCAUUCACAUCCUCCUUCCUUAUAUUUGAAAUAGAACCUGACAUGCUUUGUAUUUGUUCACUUUCUUUUGUGCUUAUUUUCAGUGCUGUACAAACUAUUUGAUAAGCAUAUCACCAGUGAAUAGAAAACUAUAUAGCUGUA